AUGGACGAAAUAGCGAGUCUGUCGCACUUCAACCCGGAGAUAGUGGCGGUGAGCAACGAGCUGGGCUACUUGCACACGAAAACCAACAAGUGGUAUGGCAUGAUGAAGAUCAUGAACGACAAUGUGGCAGACGUCGGCGUGGCACUGUUCACCAUGUCCUCUACCCGCAUGACAGCCGUCGACUACGCGAUUCCCCUCGCGAAGGGACGCUGCAAUCUGUACGCCAGGCUGCCUGACAACACCGAAGUUCGCUGGAUCACCUACUUCCAGGUGUUCGACAAGGAUGCCUGGACCGCGAUAGGGGCGUCAAUUUUGAUAUUCUCCUUCCUCGUGCACCUUAUCAAGAAUGGAUUUCAACGCGCUUUCAUUCAGUCGUUCUCAGAAGAUUUCAUCAAGAUCUGGGGCAUCUUCAGUUUGCAGAGUCCCAGCGAUGACGAGUCGUCGAGCAUCUCCAUCAAAAUCAUCUACUUCUCGACAUUCUUCACCUCGACAAUAUUGAACGUGAUCUAUUCGGCGUCCAUAACCAGCUACAUCGCCGUGCUGUCUCCCGAGCUGCCCUUCUCCACUUUCGGAGAAUUCUUGCGCGACGACAGCUACGACUUGAUUCUCAUCCAAGGCAGCAGGGAUCACAGCUUUAUCCUGUCGAACGGCUCAAAGCUAACGCCGCUGCAGGCGCGCUUGAGGAAGAGCUGCUGCCUGCCCAACUACGCCUACGAGGGCUUUCAGCAAGCUUGCGCGGAGAAGACGGCUUUCUACACGGACGACGUGAAGUACGACAGCAUGCAAAACUUUCUGCCCUGCAAACUCGGCGCCGUGAGCAUGGAGCUGGUCGAGUACUUGUCCUUUGUCAUGACGAAAAACAGUCCGUACAAGAGGGCUGUCAAUUACAACAUUCUGCGCUUGAUGGAUCACGGGAUUCUACAUCGCCUGAGGACGAAGUACUUCCGAAAGUACGCCGAGUUGUCCAAUGUACAGCCCAGCGUGAUUACGUUCAAGGAGGUCUGGCCGAUCAUAGUCAUUUGGAUUAUAGGGCCACGCAGCCAUUACUUCGCGGCGAUCGUCGUUGUCGUCAACGCCGAGAGAGAUCGGCAAAGAAGACGUCACGAAGGAAUAAAAUCAAUGUAUGACAACAGCUUCGAAGUUGUCAAAAAAUUUCAUUCCACAAUGCUAUGUGCUGUGAAAGGUGCUUAUAGUAUCAAAGACUGCACGAUAAGUAGUUGGGCUAAAAUCGAAUAA